AUGACAUCCUCCAAUAGUAACGGGGAUUUGAAUGGCUCGGUCAAUGGCAAUGCCACAGAUGUAGAGGGUCUUGCUCUCACUUCAAACCUGCCAGAUACAGUGCCUGAUCUCCUUCAAACGGUUGUUGGUCAUGGAAAAGAUCUCCUCGCCCAGGAUCCCGAAGCACGACUUAAGCUCCUAGAAGCGGCCCGAUCCUUGACCUAUGCAUUGGAAACUCCCCGAGAAGCCAUUAUUCGACACUGCUGGUCCGAGUCUACGAGUUAUGCAGCCCUAGAGACUGCCGUUGAUAUAAGCCUCUUCUCUGCUCUUGGCACAGAUGACAAACCAAAGACUAUCGCAGAGCUUGCUAAGGCAACUAGCGUGGAUCCAAUUUUGCUAGGGAGAUUGAUGAAGCAUCUCGCCGCAAUGGGAACGAUAACCGAGACCGGCUACAAUGAGUACAGUCCCACUGGGUUCUCAAAGGUUCUCACGGUUGAGAGAUACAGCGACGCAUUCCCACUCAUGACCCGUCGUUUCACCAAAGGAAUUAUGGCUCUCCCAGACUUCCUCAAGAAAAACAACUACCAAAACCCCACAAGUCCCACAGAUACAGCAUUCCAGAUGGGUUAUGAAACAGACAUGGGGUUCUUCGGCCACGUGAAACAGGAACCCCUUACCGCGAAGCAGUUUAAUAACCACAUGUCAGUGUACGCCCAAGGCCGAGUCCGCUGGAUGGAUCCCGGUUUCUACCCGGUCCAAGAACAGCUUAUAGAUGGGGUCACCAUCGGCGGGGACGAUGUCCUGCUUGUCGAUGUCGGAGGUAGCUUCGGUCAUGAUAUAUCCGAUUUCCGUCGGAAAUGGCCUGGUGUCCCCGGUCGACUGGUGCUUCAGGAUCUUCCUGAGGUGGUGACUUCUGUAAAGGAUUUACAUCCCUCUAUUGAUGUUACUGGUCAUGAUUUCUUUACUGAGCAACCAGUCAAAGGGGCCCGCGCGUACUAUAUGCAUUCUGUUCUCCACGACUGGCCCGAUGACCUUUGUCGCAAGAUUCUUGCUAACACUGUGGCUGCUAUGAAGCCCGGCUAUAGUAAGGUAUUGGUGAAUGAAAAUGUCAUUCCAGACACGGGGGCUUACUGGGAAACGACGAGUUUGGACUUGAUUAUGAUGGAAAUUGGAUCUGGUGAGCGAACGGAACGCCAGUGGCAUGCAUUGCUGACGUCUGCUGGACUGAAGAUUGUCAAUAUUUGGACUGCGCAGAGGGGGUGUGGAGAGUUUGAUUGA